AUUUGGAGCCGCAGCAGAGAAAGAUAGAGGAAGAAUUCAGCAGCACCCCCCACCUCGCUUAUGUAGCCGAUCUGAAACCCUACAGCUGGGCUGCCUGUCCAUUGGUUUCUGCAGGUGGUCUUCGACAUUGGAGAAUCUGGUCUCAACCAGAAGAUAACAAUAGUGUUUUGGUUCCCUCACCCUUUCUCUGACUCUGACUUGGCGGAGCGCAGCGGUCAGCCUUGUCAGGUUCUGCUGUGGUCAUGUGCACAGCGCGGGCAUCAGGGGUCCCACUCAGGGGUCUGGUGGCCCUGGAAGCGAAGCUGGACAGCUUUGGGCACAAGCUGGACCUGGUGCUCUCCAGCUCUCAACUGCCUGCGCGGGCCUCUGGCUGCGCGUUCUGCAGCACCUGCAGUCUGCACGCUGCGCAGCAGGAGGCCAUAGUCAGCAUGCUGUCAGCCCAGGCCCACCGCCUCGACUCCUUGGAGAGGCUGGUCCCGGGUGUGGGCUCAGAAGGCGGGGCUUUGCCCACCCAGGAGGGUGGGGUCACACCUAGCCAAGAGGGUAGAGCCAUACCUCAGAAACCUCUGUCCUUGCCAGUCCAAAAUUCCUGCAGAGAGGCAAAGGAGGGUACAGUCAACACAGCAGAGAAAAGAAACCAGACCCUAAAACAGCAGAAUAUAUGUGUGACUCGCCAGAAGGGUGUGCCUGCACAGUUAAAGAAUGAUGUGAGGAAGGACAAGGCUAUGAGUGUGGAGAAAGCCCUUAGUCCCCCACCAGACAGAGGGUCAAAGCCCAAAUUUAAUCCCACAGUGCCCUGUUUGACACAGCCAGCGCCCUCUCUAAACUCCAUGGGGGGAAUGCAAAAAACCAACCCCCCCAAAACAGGGCUGCCGGAUCACGAACCCCCUCAGCAAACAAGGACGGGUGCACAAAAAAAUGAUGGCAGCGGUGCCAGUGGAACCCUGUCUUGCACCAGUGUGGGCGGAGCUACAGAGCAACAAGUGAAGGAUGGAAGAUCAGACCCUGGGGGCUCUUCAUCCUUUAAACUACCGGGACAGUUCCAUACAGAGAAGGCAAAACCAAAGGUUACCAUGACGCCCCCUCCACCAUCAUCAGAAGCAAAGGCGGUGACCACGUCCACGGCAGGAGGCGGGGCAGCCCCAAGUCUCCCACAGGGAAAGCUGCUGGCGGUGACAGUUCCCAAGGCAACGACAAACGACAGCCAUAGUUCACUCAGACAUGUACACAGCUGUCCUGAAUCCUUGCAAAGGCUACAGGACUCAGGAGGCUCCUCGCGACUGAAUCCGUCAGACAUAGCAGCGCCCCCUCUGCCAAAGACAUGUAGUGCAGCUGCAGGGGUCCCAGCAGUGCCGGUGAAGCCAUCUGCUGCUGCAGGCAUUCAGAUUACAGUGAGCACGGCACCUGACUGCACCUUGCUCCCAGACACGACCAAAGCCACGCCCCCCAUCUGCCAGAAAAUACUAGAUGAUGACCCCCCUCACCCUGCCCCCUUCCCCCAUCGUGUGGUGACCGUGCGACCCAGCCAACCCCACGACGCUUAUAUCAUCAACACUCAGGAGAUCCUGGGGGGGGGUCGAUUUGGCACAGUGCACAGCUGUACAGAGAAAACAUCUGGGCUGACGCUGGCAGCAAAAAUCGUGAUAACACGAAGUGCAAAAGAGAAGGCGUCUGAUAUGUCACAUAAUGAGAUACAGGUGAUGAACCAGCUGAGCCACCCCAACAUCAUCCAGCUGUAUGAUGCCUACGAGGUCAAGAACCAGGUGGUUCUGAUCCUGGAGUUUGUGGAGGGCGGUGAGCUGUUUGAAAGGAUCUUAGAUGAGAGCUUUCCGCUCACAGAGCUGGAUGCCAUGAUUUUUGUGAAGCAGAUAUGUGAGGGGAUUCAGUACAUGCACCAGAUGUACGUCCUGCACCUGGACCUGAAGCCAGAAAACAUCCUCUGUGUGAAUCGCAGUGGGCACCAGGUGAAGAUUAUUGACUUUGGGUUGGCCAGGAGGUAUAAGCCACGAGAGAAGCUUCGAGUUUCAUUCGGGACUCCAGAGUUUCUGGCACCAGAGAUUGUGAACUUUGACUUUGUGUCCUUCCCCACAGACAUGUGGACAGUGGGGGUCAUCACCUACAUGCUGCUGAGCGGCCUGUCCCCCUUCAUGGGAGAUGAUGACACGCAGACGCUGAACAACGUUCUCAGUGUGAACUGGUAUUUUGACGAAGAGGCCUUUGAGCAUGUCUCCCCCCAGGCCAAAGACUUCGUUUCCAACCUGCUGAUCCGGGAGAGGAGCGGGCGCCUAAGCGCAGCACAGUGUCUCAGACACUCCUGGCUGCACAGCAUCCACGACAGAGCCAGACACAGCAACGUCCUGCUCAAGUCCCAGGUCCAGCUGAGGAAGUACAUGGCCAAGCGCAAGUGGAAGAAAAAUUACAUCGCCAUAGCAGCAGCCAACAGGUUUAAGAAGAUCAGCAGCUCUGGGUCUCUCACCUCGCUGGCCAUCUGAGUGGGACACGGACCUGUGCACCUAGAGCAGCCAAAGCUCUGGCCACCAAAUCUGCCACGGCAAUGGAGCAUAUAAUAUGCCUUUUCUGGCCACAGAGGAACUCAGGCCACCAUUUAACAUUGAGUCACUUCUGCAUAGAUAAACCAGAGGCCAGACAUUCCCAUCUGGCUUUAUAACUACAUGGCAUUAAGACCUGUCACAUUUACCCAAGUUACUGUUACAGCAGCCCUAACUGGAAUUAUGUUUUUUCUAUUUUUAUCAUCAUCAUCAGCAUCACAUUAAUUUGGUCAUGCCACAGAUGUCAUGUAUUGUUCAUUUUAUAAGCACAAGUGAAGGAAAUUCUUACCAGCUCUUUUCUGUAACUGGAGAUUUAGCAUAAAGCAUAUAAAGCACAUAUUUCCCUGUCAAUGCAGUUGUGUUUCCUGUAGUUCUUUUCCAGUCUAAAUGAAUGACCCCAGACUUAAAUGCUGUAAUACUCUCAGAGGGAAUCUAAAGCAAAAUAAAGAAAUGCUCUUUGUUUCA